AUGGAGCCUUGCCGUCGAGUCAGGGUGGCCAAAUGCCAGAUGCUGGCCACCAGCUUCUUUGUUCUGGUAACAGGCAACAGCCUCGAGUCCACUCUUGCACACCUGGGACCCCUGCCCGGGCACCCUGACCGCCCCCCCACCCCGCCCCCAGCCUUCUUCGCUGGAAUCGUCCUGGCUGCACUCCUGACCCUGGGGGCCGUGCUGAGCACCACGGCCACUGUGAGAGGGGCCAGGGGCCUCAUGGCUGCGGCCUUCCUGAGCUUCGCCCUGGUGUUCUGCGCCCUGGCGCAGGCGGCCUUCUGGAGGCUCCACAACCCCACCCAGGUGGAGGACGCCGUGCUGGAUGCCUACGACCGGGCCUAUGACCAGGCGGUGAGGAGCGCAUCCGGAACCGGGCGGCAGGAGCUGGUGGCCAUUCAGGACACGGACUGCCUGCGGGGGAUCCAGAGCUUCCUGAGGGUGCACGGGAACAUCGUCUCCACGCUGAUCGGCCUGGGCCUCGCCUUCACGGUGUACGCAAUGCUGCUUAGCUCCUUCAUCUGGUUCACCAUCCACUCGGGCAGAUACUCCAUGAGCCAACGGGCCCACAGCUGCCCUCCCCAGGAGCACAGAGUCUACAGACACAUCCAGGAGGGAUCCCGGUCUCCUCGCCGCCCGUCCAAAGCGGACGCUCCCAAGGGCCGUCUGAGUCCAAGCAGACGCUCUGGUCAGCUUCUGCUGCCCCGGGACACCCACCCGCCUGCCCAUGGGAGCGGAGACGCUACGGUCUGCACUCGCAUGUAACCCUUGUGGGAGGGGAGGCGCUGUUUCCCUCCACUUGGUGGGGUGGGGGGGAGAAGCUUGACUAGACAGCACCUCCAUUUAAGCCGACAGGGGGCUGGGGGAGCAGGGGUCAACCGCAGACUCUGGGGAGGCUAGCGGGGUGAGAGUGCACUCAGAGGGAGCACAAGGUGGGCUUGGUAGGGCUCCCUGGCCCCCCACCCCUAGGCUCUGGGGAGAUGGGAGGACCCACUACAGGCUCGGGCAGACUGGGAGCAGUUCAGUUCUGCACAGCGUCAGGACUGAGGCCCCACCCGCGUGGGCUGUCCGCGGGCUGCUCUCCUCCGGAGACCGCUUCCCCUCCUCACACGGCCCCCCAUCCUCACGUCGCAGGCAGGAGGGCUCCUGCUCCCCUCUGACCCUCCGGGCGGGAGGGCUGUCUGCAGGCCCAGGUGGUUAGGUGAUGACCACCCGGUGACCUCCCCAGCAUAAGGAGAAAUCACGUGUGUAGUGAUGCCGUGCGCACGGUCCCGGGGUUGCAUCUGAGAACUCCUGCCUGCUGCCCGCCAUCCGACCACCUGACAACUGGCAUCCUGGGCUCAAGUCCCAGAGUCCUGGGCGGGACCCCAGACAGGCCCAGCCCAGCUCGGGGGCCCCAUCGUAGCUGCCAAAGGACAAGGGAACACGGCCCGGCCCGUUGAGCUUCCACCAAGGGGGUGCAGCUCCGCCCCCACCGAAACGGGCAGAGUCGGCUUCUUCCCCAGCAAGGAGCAGCGUCUGUGAGGUGCAGCUAACGGGGACAGAGUGACCAACACCCGCUGCCUGCAGUCACACACCCUCCCCGCAGUACACGUCCCAGAGCUUUGCCCCCGGGACAAAGCAGACUUGCGCCGGAAGCUCGUGGGUUCCGCGGUUCUGGGUUUGGUAACCGUCCAGGGCUUCUAGGGAGGUGCGUUCCUCUCCCGGUUCUGUUCUUCUCAUCUUACAAAAUAAACUUGAAGGAAGGCACCAGUACUGGU